CUCAAUAGUCCUCCGUGAUCGAUCCGUUGCGAGCGUGCAAGAGAGCAUUAAUGUAGGGGGCACACCAAGCGAAGCCUGCUAGGACCGACGUCACUCCUUUUCUUCGCCUCCAUCGAUCCCGAGCCUUCCGCAUCAGUUGGACUCUCCUUUCUGUCGAUCACUCGCUUUAGUUUGGGGUUGCUCGAUAGGGCGAAGGAGUGUUAGUUGCUUCCUUCACCGUUUCAGAAUGAUCGGGAGUCUCGUCAACAGAAGUCUUGCGUUGAUUCUUGGAUAUGCAUACCCCGCUUACGAAUGCUUCAAGAUUGUAGAGUUAAACAAGCCGGACAUAGAGCAGCUUCUUUUUUGGUGCCAGUACUGGUGUGUUCAUGUUGCUUGUUAUGUGAAAGGGUGAUCAGGAUUUUAGUUGCUGUUCUGACUGUUCUUGAAAGAGUGGGGGACAAUUUUAUUUCAUGGAUACCUAUGUAUGGUGAAGCAAAGUUGGCAUUCUUUGUGUAUCUUUGGUGUCCUAGAACAAAGGGGACAACAUAUAUUUAUGAAACCUUCUUUCGACCAUACAUGUCAAAGCAUGAGAAAGAGAUAGAUCAAAACUUACUUGAGCUGAGAACAAGGGUUGGGGAUUUUGCCAUCCUUUACGUUCACAAGGUUGCAAACUAUGGCCAGACAAGGUUUUUUGAGAUCCUACAGUAUGCCACAUCACAAUCAGCCUCACAGCCAUCCAAGGCUCGUCCUGUUGAGCGAUCACAGACAGAAAAGAUAGCACUGGGACAGGCACUGUCUCAACAAAUUCCUCGAACAAAAUCAACAUCAGCUAGUGCUGGUGAGCCAGCAGAGCAAGCUAAGCAACCCAGCAGAGUAUCAUCCAGCCCCACCAGAAUCCAACGUCAGGAACCAGUAAAGACAGAUAUUCCUCAUCCGUCAGAGGCAACUGCCAAAGUUCCAUCAUCAUUGAGUCAAUCAAACACCGAAACUACUACCCUUCAAGUAGCCAUAGGUGAAAAGGAAACACAACAGGUUGCAAUUGCCAAACAAAAUGGCAAUGAAAAAGAAAAGCAAGAUCACAGCCCUGUUGAAGAGACACCUAUAGAGGGGGCUAUACGUGUGACUCGUGCUAGGUUGAGAAAUCGAGCUGCUACUUCUGGUUCAUCUGCUUGCUAGAAGUAUAGCUUGAUUUCACAUUAACAUUGGGAAUUCAUUUGACUGGGACGAUUUCGAGACAAUCUCAGAUGAGAUUGUAAAUAACUCUCGAAACCUCGUUAGACUGCUUGUUGGAACUGGAAACUUCUCUUUGAUUGUUUUGAUGUCAGAUGGUUAGUAACUGCAUUUGAACAAGUUCAUGAUUCUCUGAAGAUUGUAGGAAAGAAUGAAAUCUGGAAAUGAAUUUUCUGAUUGAAAUGUAUGGCCGAAGAAAAUAGCUGUAGGGAAUCGAACUUUGAAUUAAUUAGUAUCUCUUGUGUGACAAUAGAGAAAUUGUGAA